AUGGCCGAUAAUGGAGUUCAUCAACCCACUCAGGCCGAACUCAUGGCCCAGAUGGCCGAGCUACAAGCAGAAGUCAGGAGACUCGCCGAAUUAUCAACCCAGAACAACGCCAGUAAACAAGAAGACAAUUCCAAAGGCCCAACCCAAGGCAGCGUAGACUUUUUGGGCGUCAACCCACCAAAGGAGAGGUUGAUCUUAGACAACCCGUUCUCUGAAGAAAUCACAAAUUACCAGAUGCAAAAACACUUCACGCUGCCUUCCUCACUCGAGCCGUAUAAGGGGAUUGGUGACCCCCGGGCUCAUAUUAAGAAAUUUCAGUCUAUGAUAUUUUUUAACGGACCUAAUAACGAACCUGUGCUUUGCAGAGCUUUCCCUACUUACCUUGACGGAGCUGCUUUACUUUGGUUUUCAAAAUUACCUGCAGGGUCAAUCUCUUCUUUUGAAGAGCUAGCAAGAUCCUUCAUCGACUACUUCACGGCAGCACGGAUUUACGUACAUGGAUCGGAUUACCUCAGCACAAUCCACCAAGGUCCCCAAGAAAGUUUGAAAGAUUAUAUGACCAGAUUUACAGAAACAACCAUGGAAAUACAAGACCUGAACACAGCCGUCCACCUACAUGGUCUCAAGGCCGGCCUACGACCCGGAAAGUUCAGAGAAACGAUCGUAGUCACAAAGCCAAAGAUGUUGGAGGAGUUCCGGGAAAGAGUAGCCAGACAAAUAGAGAUUGAAGAACUCCGUGAAGCCAACAGGACAGAAAGAAAACCUAGAAGAGAGGAAGACAAGAUACCAAGGUCGGCGAACAACAAAGAUCUCGGCAAACCAUUUAAACUCACCCCAAAAUUCGACAACUACACCAGAUUCAACACAAGGAGGGAAAAGAUAAUCAAAGAAAUACUCAAUGCUAAGAUCAUAAAACCACCAAUAAGAGCUAGGAGCUAUCAAGACCAGAGAUUUGUUGACAAGAGCAAGCACUGUGCCUUCCACCAAAAGCACCGACACACAACCGAUGAAUGCGUGAUAGCCAGAGAUCUACUAGAAAGAUUAGCCUGA